GACACGCGCUUUCCCAUCACGCAGCGGCACCUCUUCGAAUCAAGGUGCGUGAAGAAAAUCAAAAUGGGCGUCGGUCUCUUCAAUACCAACGACUUUCCAUUCCCGUACAAAAUCGACAUUGAGGAUGUACCGGAUUUGGGGUUCGAAGUGAACUUUCCGAAUGAUAUCAACGAGACAGCGAUAUUCUAUGCAAUUAGAAAUGGACACAAGGAUGGCACUCGCAUGCUUAUCGAGCGCGGAGCAUCUCUUGAUGUGAUUUCGACAGAAGUUCUUUGCCCAUGCUCCAUGUUCUGCGACUCCCAGCCCGAGAUUCUCAACACCACGCGAAAAGGAAAGCGCCUGACUCCCCAGACGAUUCGUGCCCGGAUGGGCGAGGAGGAGGAGGAGGGAGAGGACGAGGACGAGCCCAUUACAGGAAAGCGUAGUGACAACAUUGGCGUGCAAAACGACGAAUACUUUGCCUGUGCCUUUGUGCAUAAUUGCGCAAAGCGCUUGCGACGUUCUGAGAGGGACGCGUCCAUUUUGGACCGGGUGAGAGCCAUUGAAAACCUGGCCAGUGGCAAAGGUAAAGGCUUAGGUGGACUGCUGCUCCAAGCUGCAGAAGUCAACGCCAGGAAGAAGGGCUCCAGGCACUCGAAGGUUGCCGGGGCGGAUCAGAGCUCCAUUGAUGCCAUAAAAGCAGUGGGAGGCAGCGUGACGAUCGUCUACAUGGAGCGUGUAGCCCUACGUGCACACAUCAAGCCGUGGAAGUUCGAGGUGCUGCCCAGAACCGCGCGCCCGACACUGAAAAUGGUGACCUACCUGGAGAAGAUGAAAGCUCGUGGAUGUCAUGUCAGGUACAUCAAACCCUUGUGGCUCAUUGAGGAGGAGAAGAGGCUUCAGAGCCAACUACGGGAGCUGAAGACCGAGGAUGCGGCAUCAACAGCCAGAAAACUGGUCGAGUCUGGCGAGUACUUGCAGAAGACCACGCUUGGUUGA